AUUUCAAUUAGCUGACAUGCCUAUAAACCCCUUACUAACCCAAAGCAUAAACCCUCAAGUGAUGGAUGUGGCUCCAUGGGAAUAAAGCUUGACACUUCCAAUUUUGCUGGUUUUACAAAAUGCUGUGAUCUCCAUGACAUCUGCUACGACACGUGCAACAAUGAUCGCACCCAAUGCUAUGAUGACUUUAAAUCCUGUUUAGACAACGAGUGUCUUUUAACAGGUCUGGGGAAUAGACUACCAAAGGAGCAGUUGGAUGCAUGCCAGACAUCGGCAGAUCUAAUGUACUCAGGAACACUUGCUUUGGGAUGUGCAUCCUAUAAAGAAGCCCAGCGCAAUGCUUGUCUUUGCAAUGGAAGGACCAUAACUAAAAAAGAAAUGGAAGAGUUGGAGAGAAAUGAGGAAUUAUGAUCUUCAAAGGGCAGUGUAUCUGUUUUCAGAUUUAGGUGUUAAAUAAUUAUUUCAAAUAAAAUUUUAUGACAAAAGUUGUUUAAUUGGUCUUAAAUAUUGUUUUAAAUAUAUAAAGUAGUUAAUUUGUCAGAGGAAGAUCAAAAAUGAGAUGGAGGAUUAUUUUAGAGAAUAUUUUCUUAGAAAAAGCUGAGGAAAU